AUGCCGAGCCAAGCUUGGGAUGAACUUGGACACCCUGUAAUUAAAGUGAAGCUAAUCAAGCAUGCUAAUAAUGCUUGGCUCAGUUUGGUUGCAUUCCUGUUAAAAAAGGAAAUGCUUCUUUUUGAGUCAAACCUACGUAGACUUCAGUCUGGCUUUGCCUGGUGCGAAGCUCUUGUCAAGAUUGUCAAGUGUACCGUGCAGAAUAUUGCGAUAGACAUCUCAUUCAAUCAGAUGGCCGGACUCUGUUCUUUGUGCUUUCUGGAGCAGGUUGACCAGCUUAUUGGGAAGAACCAUCUAUUCAAACGUAGUAUUAUUCUGAUCAAGGCCUGGUGCUUUUACGAGAGCCGGAUUUUGGGUGCAUAUUUUGGGUUGAUUUCAACAUAUGCAUUGGAAAUUUUGGUCUUGUAUAUCAUUAAUCUCUUUCAUUCUUGUUUACGUGGUCCUUUAGCGGUCCUGUACAAAUUUUUGGACUACUAUAGCACAUUCGACUGGGACAAGUAUGGUAUUAGUUUAAAUGGUCCAGUUGUCUUAAAAUCGCUUCCAGAAGUUGUGGUAGAGACACCAGAAAACAGUGGAAGUGAUUUAUUGCUCAGUAAGGAGUUCAUAAAAAACUACAUUGACUAUUUCUCAGUUCCAAUCCAAGCAUUCGAGACUAAAGGGCCAGUAGGAUUUGUGCUUAAACAUCUUAACAUCGUGGAUCCUCUGAAAGACAACAAUAACCUGGGUCGUAGCAUUGGGAAAGAACCUGGCAAAUUGCAAACCUAUUCUUCUUCUCUUCCCAGGGUUGACCAGCUUAUUGGGAAGAACCAUCUAUUCAAACGUAGUAUUAUUCUGAUCAAGGCCUGGUGCUUUUACGAGAGCCGGAUUUUGGGUGCAUAUUUUGGGUUGAUUUCAACAUAUGCAUUGGAAAUUUUGGUCUUGUAUAUCAUUAAUCUCUUUCAUUCUUGUUUACGUGGUCCUUUAGCGGUCCUGUACAAAUUUUUGGACUACUAUAGCACAUUCGACUGGGACAAGUAUGGUAUUAGUUUAAAUGGUCCAGUUGUCUUAAAAUCGCUUCCAGAAGUUGUGGUAGAGACACCAGAAAACAGUGGAAGUGAUUUAUUGCUCAGUAAGGAGUUCAUAAAAAACUACAUUGACUAUUUCUCAGUUCCAAUCCAAGCAUUCGAGACUAAAGGGCCAGUAGGAUUUGUGCUUAAACAUCUUAACAUCGUGGAUCCUCUGAAAGACAACAAUAACCUGGGUCGUAGCAUUGGGAAAGGCAGUUCCUUUCGUAUAAGAUUUGCUUUUUCCUAUGGAGCUCAACAGCUCAGAGAGAUCCUCAUGCGUCCGGGAGAAAGCAUGGUUGAGGGACUAAAAAAGUUUUUCAUCAACACAUUGAACAGGAAUGGGAGGGGGCAAAGGCUUGGUGUAGAAGUCCCUGUCUCAUUGUUUGGUACUGGAAAAUUUCUAAUCUCUAAUCUCAGUGGAGACUAUGACAAUCAGUUUAGUGGCCUGAAUUAUGGCCAACGAUUUCACAAGUAUAGCUUACCCAUUCCUUUCCCGCCCUGCCUGCCAACAUCACCUUCUCUGGUUCAGAACAGGAGUGCACAUAUGCAGUCCAGCUGGAAUAUUUCUGCUCUGAGCAAUACAAAUGAUUUUGUCCCAAGACCACUUUGCCAUUCAAAUGCUACCCAACUAUUUAAUACUUUGGUUGUUCACAAAACAGCAAAUAGAGCGAGCGUUGAAGAGGAGUCGAAUUCAACAGGAACUGGCACAUAUAUCCCCGACAAAGGUAUUGAAAAGAAGUUGAAGCCACAGAGCAAAGGUACAUUGGGCCCUCAUAUGGUUUUUGAAGGAGAAAGUACGUGUGUCCAUGAUAUGGGUCUUGAAGAGAAGUUAAAGUUGCAAGAUAUAGGGACAUCAGGACCUGAUAUAGGUAUUGAGAAAGAGUUGAGGUCUCAAGGAACAGUCUGUGACAUCUCUGAUAUUGGCAUUGUAGGAAAUUUUAAAUUGGGAGGAACGGGUACUUGUGUCCCUGCAAUGGAUAUAGAAGAAAAGGCAAAGGCUCCAGCACUUGGAAAAUACAUACUUAGUACAAGUGUUGAAGAACAGACACAAGGAACUGGCACACUCUCUUUUCAUGCACAUCGUUCUUGCGAGAGCAGUGAGAGUUAUCAACCCCAAAACCAAGGCUUUUUGCUGAAAUCUUCUCUUAACAUUGAGGAGGUUGAUGUUUCCUCAGAACCAGAAAAGGACGCAAGCAGCAGCUGUUUUGAUCUGUCACUAGAAGAUUUCCCUCUUCUUCCAAGCUGUAAGAAGGUUAUCGCAUCAGCAAAUCAUCAGUCCGUUCAUACCACUACAGAGUCCCCGGUGGCCUCAAAAUCGUCACCUUGCUCAAAGAGUAUUGAGUUUAGGACUUUUGGGCUGCCUUCACCAGUGGAAGGGAAGCAUGCAGAUUACGACGAUUCAGCCACUGUUGAUUCUAUGCUCAACGUCUUAACUAUUGCAGCUCAGGAGCCAUCAAAUUUAUUAGAGCCUGAUAAAGAAACGUAA